AUGUCCAUUUACCAGAUAGCUGUGCCGGUGGGCCACGGUGUUGUUAUCGAGCUGUUCGGAGGAUAUCUAGUUUCCUGGAAGGACCUACCGACAACCUCCCAUCAUCCAUCAAAGAGCCUCACCGAGGUUCUUCGACUUCUCGCCCGAAAUACCAUAGGGAUCGACCUCCCAGUAUUAACGGCCUAUGACGGAACUGCCCUUGUCGUUGCCGUUCGCACGUCUGUCUUCAUCCCUUCCCGUAACGCACCCAGGAAUGUGGCCGAGUACAUCCGCGAGCACCUGACAGACUCUACACUUCGAUGGUCCCGUGUUGCGCAAAUGGAUGAUCUCCGUCAGCCCACCUGGAAGACAGGCAGCUAUGCUCAUCCACCAAUGGCGCUCGCAAAGGAUGUCCUGGACCUUAUCGGAGUUGACAGAGCGCCCUAUGUAUAUGCCACAUGUCUGCAGAAGCCGACUGAGACGGUCCAGGCUCCGAUUGAUAGAAGCCCUGAGGGCACGACGCGCUCCAGGGUGCACCUGUUAUACAACAGUGACAUAGAAUGCAUCCAUGAAGGAUACGCACUUUACGAAUCCGAUUUCAACCGGAAUCCGCAGUUGCUCUAUUGCCCUCGUUCCAGAAGCAGAAUUUGGGGAGGUUUUGUCCUAUCUCGAGAUGUCGUUGACGCAUGGCUGCAUCGCCGAGGACUUAACUGGAAGCCUCAGAGAACAGCCGAAUUGGAGCCUGCCGCGCUGGAGGAGCUCAAGGCAGAGCUAAGGAGGACGUCCGGGAAAAGCUUGGCCGUGCACCGCAUCCACCCACUUUGGAAACGUCUGAGUUACGGCAAUGCGCUUUUUGGAACUGUUCGCAAUCCGACUUGGUUUAUCCACACCCACAAUCUAAACCACGGAUCAGGGGGGCCAUCUUUGGACCAACACCCCGUGGAGUUUUGCCAUUUGGAGGACCAGGUGGAGGUCAACUCUUUCGAGGACUACAGCGCCCUAUGCGCUUUCCUGGACGGUGAAGGGCUCCCCAUCACGAGGCUGAAGUACGAAGAAGUACCUGCACGCCCGUUGAUAUUUGAUUAA